CUCUGUACACGGUUUAGUGUUUAGCAAACAUGACGGAAUACGUGCCACCACAUGUCAUCUCGGUGCUGAAGACGUACCAGGACAAAGCGCCUCGGAGUCUGCACGGUCCGGGCCUUUCCCUGGUGCAUCCGAGCAAAGCGAGCAGCAGCAGCAGCAGUUCCGCGAUCGUUGUUGGGCGGCCGGACACGCCCGAUCUUCAUGGUUCGGGUGCCGGAUCACAGCAUCUCCCACUGCAUCAUCAGCACAGUACGCACGGUGGAGAGCAUGGAGGUUCAUCCCGUGCCGGUAGUGACGAGGAUGUCCAGACGGUGGCAAGACAGCAGACACCGAUGGGACCACCGGUCCCAGGCGUACCGAUCAUGACCACACCCGAUCCAGACUGUGGCAUCGUGCAGAUGACCGUUCUGGAGGGUAAGCGCAUCGGUUGCUUUCUGCUCGGUGGCGAAACCCGACUCUGUCUGCCGCAGAUCUUCAACAACAUCCUGAUGGACUUUACCGUGGAGCAGAUCAAUCGCAGCAUUCAGGAGCUAAUGAUCUACCUGUACAAUUGUACCGAUCAGCAGCUGGCCGAGUUUAAGCGCGCCAACAUCAUCCCGGACACGGCCAAGACCUGUGGAUUGAUAACGCGCACCAAUGCCGAACGGCUGUGCAGCUCGCUGUUGCACCAAGCGCACGAACUACGACCCCGGCUGAAGGGUGGCGGUGUGGUGCUGAACGGAUCUUUCCGCGUGUACCAUCGAUGCUUCGGGAAGGGUGAAGGGCUGUUUCUGCCGGAGCUGUAUAGCUUCAAGGAACCGACCUGCAUUGAGUGUGCCGAAUGUCGGGGCCUGUUCUCGCCGCAAAAGUUCGUGUGCCACCAGCAUGAGCCGCAGGAGAUCCGCACCUGCCACUGGGGGUUCAAUUCGAGCAACUGGCGCUCGUACAUCCACGUGGUGGAGAGCGAAAAGAAUCGGGACGAGCAUGCGCAGGUGCUGGAUAAAAUCUGGCUAAAGGAGCGGGAGAUCGAGGAGAUGGAAUGUGAACGGGCUUUCAUAUUUGCGAGACGAAAGGCGGCCUUCGAAGAUGGCGGUCCAAUUGCCAUCAAAGCGGAACCACUGGACAUUCCACUAAAGAAACCAAAGCUUAUGAGCGACGUUACGUCGCUAUAUCACUGCAGCACCAACAGUAGCAGCAGUAACAAUGGUGGCAGCAGUCGGCAACAACACUACGCUGCCCAACAGCAACUGCUUGUGCAGCAGCAACAGCACCAUCUGCAUCACCACCAGCAACAGCAGCAAACGAGUGCAGCCUUCCGACCCUGGACAGCUCAGCAGAAGGCACAGAAGUUUGCACAGCAGCAGCAACAAGCGUUUCUACUACAGCAAAUGGCUCCUUACGCGAACGGUACAACCACCACGAUUGUGAAUGGAACGAUUCGAGCAACCUCACCCGGUGGAACCAUUCUCACCCUUAGUCAAGAACCGCCAUUGCUGCAGAAUCCCGAAAAUGUUGUACCGAUGUCGGAGACGGACAAGUUCGAACGGUCCUACCAGCCGAAUGUAGCGCUUGUACCACGUAAAACGAUUCUGUGCGGUAAGGAACCUUCCACCACGGUCACCCCGGUGCAGCGACGAGAGUACGAUGGAAAAGAUCGCUCAGUGAUCAAGUGUGAGUUGGUGCAGAUCAAGCAGGAAAGUCCAUCGACACCUCCGGCAACAUCAGCGCUAGUUUCCGGUGGCAGCCCAGCAGUGGAUGGACCGAUGCGAUCGGUGAUAAAAUGUGAUGUGCAGAUCAAGCAAGAGCGUCCCGGUACACCUUUGUCGACCGCAUCGGGACCACUGGAUCACGGUGGAAGAGGUGACAGGGGCGACAACAGUCGAUCACCCGGUCCGCCGGCACACAUUCCUGUAUCGCCACCACCACCACCACCACCUGGGACAUCGCAUCAGCACCAACUGUCGCAGGGUGCGAUCGCGAUCAGUACGAUCAUUGCCAAACAGCAUCACCCGCAGCAGGUCUCUUCGAUGGCAACGUACGGCGGAGGUAGCAACAGUAAUAGCCCCGGUCCGAUCCCACUGGAUGUGCCACAUUCUAGAUCGUCGGGAUCGAACGAAAUCACCUCGUCAACGUCUCCGCUACCGCCCACCUCCAUCGUUAUAAACAUGAACGGUGGUGAGGGUGUUGCGGGAGGAGGUGGUGAGGGAGGUAGAGUAGACAAGCCAAAGCUAGUGCUAAUAAAAGAACCGAUCAGUCCUCCGCUGAGCUCCCAUACUCCCACGUCCCGGCGUACUCCUCCCGGCCAUAUGCUUCAACAGCAGCAAGUAGUAGGUGUUGGUGGUACUGGUCAUCAUUCGCAGCAGGUCGUGUCGUCACCGCCCCCUUCACACCAUCAGCCGCUGUAUCUGCAUCAUCACCAGAUGUUACAACAGCCGCAGCACCAUCACUUCCGAUCUCAUCAUCCCGGUACGACAGCACCGGGUACGAUUAUCCACCGGAACGGCCUUCCGAUCGUGGGCAAUUCUGAGUUUGAACUGUCGACAGACACUGAUGACGAUAGUCAGGCAGGCGAGCCGGACAGUAGCAACGUGCCCUCCACGAUGGAACUGAUCGGUGAGGUGCUAAAGGAGGUGGAGCCGGAAACGAAGAAACAGAUACUGGAUAUCUUCAAUGUGCUGCUGCAAGAAAGCCGUGUUGAGCAUCAUCGGUUGCAGAUGGAGAUUCGCGCCAAGGACGAGCAGGUGAUCGAGAUGCAGCGGCACAACAUGGAGUUGCAGCGACAGACGGACCACUUCCAGCAACAGAACCAUCACCUGCGGAAUGAGCUUGAUCGAGCGCUACUGAAGAUCGAUUCGCUGCGAGAGCACCAACAUCACCAACUCUCGCAACAUCAUCAUCAGCAACAUCAGCAGCAUCACAUAAUGGUACGGGAAGCGUUGGGCGGAGUUGGCGAGUCCAGCACGUCCUCGACGCCUCCCUCGCCGUUGUCGUUGGUCAGCAAUGGUAGCAAUAGUAACCACAGUCAUCAGCUGAUCGAGCGGCGGAACAGCUUCCCGGAGAAGUCGGAGAUCAUCAUGAAGCCGCUGAAGAAGCUGUUGCGCCGGAGUCCGGAUGAUUCGACGACGGUGCUGAUGCUGGCAUCGCCACCGCCGCAAACCACUGGCAGCUUGCCACCGUCGCUGCCAGCUUGUCUGUCAAUUACGGCUACCACGGUGUCGGUGGCACCGAAACCGUCCUCCAACCAGCCGCAGGAUGCUGACUCAGGACGCGAAGACAUACGGCGGCAGCAUCACAGCUCCUCCUCCUCAUCCUCCUCCUCUACUUCUCCAUCGCCAAUGGGACAGCAAACGCGGGGGGGAGUGUUACAAUCGCCUUCACCUGCUGCUCCACACCAACAACCACCACCAACAAGUGCCACCAAUGUACCUGUAUCAACGACAACGAUAACGGCCGUGAGCUCCGUAGUGAAUGGCAGUGGACCAGCGACGGCGACCUCCGUCACCAAAUCCUCGACCCCGUCGGUAGAGAACGGUCCAUCGUCGGGAUCUCCGAUCGUUGUGGUUAUUCCGGUGAGCAGCAGUGGACCGUUGCCAAAGGAAGCCAGCUCACCGAGACCACAGGCGUCCCGCAGUGUGUCGCCGGCUGCUUCGCCACGGUGCGAUCGUGAUGCCAAAGGAUGUCCACCAACAUCGCCGGAAGGGAAGGAUGAGCACGACGAGGAAGAUGAAGACGAACCGAUGGAAGAUGCGCCACGUGUUGCAGGUUCUCCAGCUCCAGCAACGAAUGCGAAGGAUGAUCCGGAUGGACACGGUGCACAGACGACGAAAGCUUCGAUCAGCGUGAAAGCGACCAUUGGGCCAGCUACCAUUACCAGCAGCAGUACAUCAUCCGGUGCCAGCAAUCAGGAGAACGAUUCUCCGAAUCGGUCCAAAGGAAGUAACAGCAGCUCCGGCGCCGGUGUCCGGAGUAGCUGUGACAACUGA